AUGGCGCUGCGGCGGGGCGCCGGCGGGGCGCCGGGACGGCUGCUGUUGCUGCUGGGAGCCGCGUGCCUGAUCCCGCCGAGCGCGCAGGUGAGGCGGCUGGCGCGCUGCCCCGCCACUUGCAGCUGUACCAAGGAGUCCAUCAUCUGCGUGGGCUCCUCCUGGGUGCCCAGGAUCGUGCCGGGCGACAUCAGCUCCCUGAGCCUGGUAAAUGGAACGUUCUCGGAAAUCAAGGACCGAAUGUUUUCUCAUCUGCCUUCCCUGCAGCUGCUAUUGCUGAAUUCUAACUCAUUCACAGUCAUCCGGGAUGAUGCUUUUGCUGGACUUUUUCAUCUUGAAUACCUGUUCAUUGAAGGGAACAAAAUAGAAACCAUUUCAAGAAAUGCCUUCCGUGGCCUUCGUGACCUGACUCACCUUUCUUUGGCCAAUAAUCACAUAAAAGCACUCCCAAGGGAUGUCUUCAGUGAUUUAGAUUCUCUGAUUGAACUAGAUUUAAGGGGCAAUAAGUUUGAAUGUGACUGCAAAGCCAAGUGGUUGUAUCUGUGGUUGAAGAUGACAAAUUCCACUGUUUCUGAUGUCCUGUGUAUCGGUCCACCAGAAUAUCAGGAAAAGAAGCUGAAUGACGUGACCAGCUUUGACUACGAAUGCACAACUACAGAUUUUGUUGUUCAUCAGACUCUGCCCUACCAGUCGGUGUCAGUGGAUACGUUCAACUCCAAGAAUGAUGUGUACGUGGCCAUUGCUCAGCCCAGCAUGGAGAACUGCAUGGUGCUGGAGUGGGACCACAUCGAAAUGAAUUUCCGGAGCUAUGACAAUAUUACAGGUCAGUCCAUCGUGGGCUGUAAGGCCAUCCUCAUCGACGACCAGGUCUUUGUGGUGGUUGCCCAGCUCUUCGGCGGCUCUCACAUUUACAGAUACGACGAGAGCUGGACCAAGUUUGUCAAAUUCCAGGACAUAGAAGUCUCUCGCAUUUCCAAGCCCAACGACAUCGAGCUGUUUCAGAUCGAGGAUGAGACGUUCUUUGUCAUCGCAGACAGCUCCAAAGCUGGUCUGUCGACCGUGUAUAAAUGGAACAGCAAAGGAUUCUACUCGUACCAGUCUCUGCACGAGUGGUUUAGGGACACGGAUGCCGAGUUUGUUGAAAUAGACGGCAAAUCACACCUGAUCCUAUCCAGCCGCUCCCAGGUCCCCAUCAUCCUCCAGUGGAAUAAAAGCUCUAAGAAGUUUGUCCCCCACAGCGACAUCCCCAACAUGGAGGAUGUGCUGGCCGUGAAGAGCUUCAGGAUGCAGAACGCCCUCUACCUUUCCCUCACCCGCUUCAUCGGGGACUCUAGGGUCAUGAGGUGGAAUAGUAAGCAGUUUGUGGAGAUCCAGGCUCUCCCAUCCCGGGGGGCCAUGACCCUGCAGCCCUUUUCUUUUAAAGAGAAUCACUACCUGGCCCUGGGGAGUGACUAUACGUUCUCCCAGAUAUACCAGUGGGAUAAAGAGAAGCAGCUCUUCAAAAAAUUUAAGGAGAUUUAUGUGCAGGCGCCUCGUUCCUUCACAGCCGUCUCCACUGACAGGAGAGAUUUCUUUUUUGCAUCCAGUUUCAAAGGGAAAACAAAGAUUUUUGAACACAUAGUUGUUGACUUAAGUUUGUGA